GCUCCUGGGGAUGCUACAGCUGUGUCUUGUCUGUUCCUGGAGGCUGGAACACUGAGCUGUUAGAAGGAACACCCUGCCUUCCUGUCAUAAAGAGUCCCUAGCAACCACCUAGUUCGGGUCACAGACAGGGAGAGGAGAGACAGCAGAGUCUUUGGCUGUUUCUGGUGCAGAUAAACUGGUGUGAGGAAGCUGAGAAAGAAAAUCCAGUAGCACAGCUACAACCAUGGCAGGUGUAUCCUUUCAAGAGCCAGUACCGACCAUAGUGGGGAGGCGGAUGGUUUUUACAGGCCCAGAUUAUGUAAAGGACCAUCUCCCUAAAGUUGCUCAGCAUACUUCCUAUAUAGGAGAAAAGCGUCCUGCAUUAGAAAAAACGGGAGAUCUCAGAUAUUUACAGAGGCCUGCCUCAAAGAGAAGCUUGCCGGCCAAAUAUAAACCUGAGUAUGUUGGUGAAAUUGGUUGGGGAAUACCAGUGUAUGAUUUUAUCAACAAAACCAGGCUUCAGACUGGCUUUCACAUUAAGUAUGAAGAGCUCAGUCAAGCUGCUGUUGAGAAACUAAGCCACAGAUACCAGAACCCAUGGCAACCGACUCCUUCUGUUAUGGACGCAGAAGGAAGCUUCAGUCGUGGUUUCAUUGCCUGGCAUAUGGGUGAUUAUGAGGACACCAAUCAAAGGAACUCCAAACGGGCCGUCCUCCUCCGGCAGAGCCAGGGAGCAUUGCCAAGAGUUUCCAGACCACCUAAGCUGUCAAAGCUACCAAAAGAGCAGGAGAAAAGCAGACUUCGGCCUCUAAAUCAGCAUGAUGCAAGUUGCUACUAGAAGGAAAAACUGCCUAAAAAUGUAGAACAAGCAUCAGGUUGUAACAUGCCACAGGUGGUGUCUUCUGUGUCACCCCUGAGAACAGGGCUCCUGCAGUUUAAAGCCCAAAUAAAGGUUUCAGUGAAAA